AUGCUGCACGAGCAGUCCGGGAGCUUAGCGAAACUCUUCGAGAAGGCGAUGGAGAGGCUUAAGAAUUUGGGCCGUGGUUUGAAUGUGAAACAGAGCGUGGCACAAGCCAGCUUUACGAAAGGUGUGGACUUCAGUUUCCAGACUCUGGUGGAUUGGUUCAAAAAGGAGGCGCCAGUUUCCAUUGCCUCGAUGGAUGCGGAGGUCUUGGAAGAUGUACUCGAACGCGGCCUGCAAAAUUCUCCUCCUGAUCCAUGGCGCCGGGACGAGGAGGAUGAGGAGGACGGGCUAUGCCCGGAUAUCGGCAUUCCUUGGGUCACCAAAUUCGGCCCUGGCAACUAUGAACGCAUGUCCGAUGCCCCGGAGAAGUGCCCGAGCCACACCUGCCCCGAAGAUGAUGCACGUGGUGUUACAGGCUGGAAUCCGAACAGCGGAUCCAGCGGCGUCGACGAAGUUUGA